AUGAGUGGCUCCAACAAUCAUCAUCAUGAAUCAAUACGCAAGUUAAUUGCAUCCAAUUUCAAACAGCCCACAUCAUCGGUGAAAUCAGAGACACGAUCCGAUGCGGAAAGUGCCCACCGCCCUUUGUCGGCUCACCCUACGGAGUCGUAUUCGCCAUCAACACCCCCCAAUCGCAGAAAAUCACAUUCUAUUAGUAACGCUGAAUUGGCUCGUCAGAAUUCCAACUCAAAGAAGGUGUCAUUUUCCAAUUUACAAUCGGCUGAGUCGUCGCCCGUGACUAAUCAAUCAUCUUCGUCAUCGAAUGGUUCGAUAGACAAUUCAGAAAACGAGAACAGUGACAAUGAAGAUGAGAAGAACGCUGUCUUUUUUCGAGCUAAAUACGAUGCUGGCGAUGUUGUUUUACGUCGACCCAAUUUCAAGGGAACUGGUGGUGGCAAGGUGUAUCCAGGUAGAGGUACCGAUCACUUGCAACCACAAAAUCAUCCUUCAUUCAUAAACAGCAUUUCACCUUCUCCAUCAAGUGUCUCGCCAAGCGUUUCGACGACGUCAUUGAACAAAAGAACGGGAAGUAGAAACAGAUACAGUUAUGGGGGUGAGAAAUUAGCAUUGACAAAGUCGUUAGAUUCGCAACUACUAGAACCUUCAAUUUCCAAUACUUCGGUUAAUUCUUUUCUACCGGAUUUCAAUAACAGGCCCUUGACUGACACGCCGUUUGUGUCGAACGUGGGGUCGCCGAUUGCAGCAGAGGAGUCCAGCACUGAGGACGAUCAAAGUCAUGGGGCCGGAAGCACAAAUCAGAUCCACAAAGGUAAAAACAUAUCUCACUUGAACUUGGCAGACUUGGCCCAUAAUGAGUCUCUGUCGGAGACAGAGUCAUUGAUGGAAGCAAGGAAUUCGGCUGCCCAUAGAGCAGCAUCCAUGGUUGGUACGCAAUCUACAACUGUCAAGUCUGAUAUACGAGUUCCGUCAAGUGGAUUAACGGAGCCCCAUAUGAAAACUCCCGAAUCACAACUGGCAGAGAUAAAUAAAGAACCAAAACUAAAGCCUCUAAAGAGCGAUUCACUGCGAGGUGACCAGAACGACAAGCACCGUGGCGAACAACGUGAAGAAGACCACAAUGAGCACGAAACCGAUUACCAAGACGAGCGACACGAUAGUCAGCACGACGAACAACACAACGAGCAGCGAAAGGAUGCGCAUCUCGACGAAAGAGAAAGGAGGGCUUUAGAGAUUGAAAAGGAGCAAGAGAAACAAAAGCAGGCAGAUAAAAAAGCGGAAAUCAAUUUAACAAAAGAUUUUUCUCAUUUGUUGAAAGACGUUCCGCCACAUGUGAAGGAACAAUUUGAGAAGACGCCAUCGAUUGAGCAGUUGAAAAACUUGCUAUUGACUGCGAAACCUCCGCUCACAUCAAGAAAAACCUAUACUUUAAACAUUCCAGGUCAAACCAAAUCAAAAAUAUCACCUGAUGGUAAAAUUGCAUCGGUUGAUGUUGGGUCGAAACUCGUCAUAGUAAUGGUGGGAUUGCCGGCAAGGGGUAAGUCCUACAUUACCAACAAGCUCACGAGAUAUCUCAAUUGGCUUCAACAUGAUUGUCGAGUUUUCAAUGUGGGUAAUACGAGACGUAAGAGUAAAUUGAAUGCUGGACCGGAGCAAAAUCCUUUACCUGAUUCCCAUCCAAGCUCUGAAGUGCAAUCCCCGGUUCAAAAGGCUGCUGGAGGCUUGACCGAACUGAAAAGGGAAGACAACACAUCCAAUCAAAAGGCUCCUGAGCAUGAUGCGUCAUUUUUCAAUCCGGAAAACAAAGCAAGCACGGCAUUGAGAGAAAAAUGGGCCAUUGACACUUUGGACAUGCUAUUGGACUAUGUUAUCAAUGGCAGUGGCUCAGUUGGUAUAUUUGAUGCCACAAACUCUACCAAACUGAGGAGAAAGAAAGUACUCAAAAGAAUCCAAGAGAGGAGCAAUGGAGAAUUGAAGGUUUUGUUUUUGGAAAGUAUAUGCAGUGAUCCAGCAAUCAUAGAAAGCAACAUUCGUUUGAAAUUGAGUGGACCUGAUUAUAAAAAUAUGGAUCCCGAAGUUGCCUUGAAGGAUUUUGUUGGAAGGCUACAUAAUUACGAAAAAGCAUACGAAAGUAUUGAUGAAGAGGAAGAAAAAAUUCCUGGCUUUCAGUACGUUAAAAUGAUUGAUGUGGGUAAGAAGGUUGUCAGUUUCAAUAUCCAAGGUUUCCUUUCCUCACAAACAGUGUAUUUUUUGCUUAAUUUCAACCUUUGCGAGCGUCAAAUCUGGCUCACUCGUCACGGUGAAAGUAGAGACAAUGUUAGUGGUAGAAUUGGUGGUGAUUCGCAUUUGACAAGACGUGGUAAGAAAUUUGCUAAAGCCUUGGCUACCUUUAUGAACUUUCAACGGGAAGAAUUUAGAAAACAACAGUUGAAAAGGUUUUCCACUCGUUUGGAACUCAAGUACAACUCAAUGUUCAAUGCCGAAGACGUUGCUGCAAUUCCAAAUGAACCCAACUUUUGUGUAUGGACAUCGAUGAUGCAUCGUGCUGUGGAAUCGGGUGUUUAUUUCAAUGAGCAGUUGUAUUCUGUGAAACAAAUGCGUAUGUUGAAUGAGAUUGGUGCUGGGAAAUGUGAGGGCAUGACAUAUGAAGAAAUACAAGAAAAGUACCCUAAAGAAUUUGAACUGCGAUUGGAAAACAAGUUAACGUAUCGAUAUCCAGGUGUUGGUGGUGAGAGUUAUUUAGAUGUUUUAACUCGUUUGCGGCCAUUGAUCACCGAGAUCGAGCGUACAACUGACCACCUUCUCAUUAUUAGUCAUCGUGUUGUACUUCGUAUUCUCAUUGGAUACUUUCUUAAUUUGCAACCAUCUGAUAUUGUGCAAUUGGAUGUCCCACUUCAUUCAUUGUACAAGUUGGAGACUAAUCCAUAUGGAACAAAGUAUGCGUUGUAUACCUACAGGGAGGAUAUGGAUUGGUUUGUGGAGACCAAGCCAGAAAAUCAAAAGAAUGUCCAAGAGAUGGGAUUAGCAUUUAAUGAAAAGCGAUUUUCUAUUGUACCUACGGUUCCGAAAAAGCAUUGA